AUGGCUACGUCCGCACCUGAAGACCCAACGGGCGAAUAUGCCUUCCUCCAGAAACUCAUCGCUCCUAUGGACCGACACCUAAUCUUUCCUCUACUCGAACACUAUUCCCUCGCCGAAGUCGAAAAGUCCCCCGAACGCCACAAUGACCUUCAACUCGCCAUCUACCGUCUCCUAGAACCCACCAAUAUGGUGGACUAUCUCGCAGGUCUCUAUCCUACAUUGAGUGGCGCGAAAGGCGCUGCACCCAACUUUGAGGCGAAGCGCGAAACAGUAUUAGGAAAGCUCGAGCAGUACGAAAAGGAUACCGAAUAUCUCUCCAAUCUUCUUUCCGAUGAAAAUGUUACAUCGCAACUUCGCUCCGACAAGGUCGCCAAUCUGAAGUUCCUCGAAGAUUCACACCAAGUCACCCCGCAGAUGAUCGACGACCUCUACACGUUCGGCCGCUUCAAAUACGACAUGGGUGCCUAUGGUGACGCCGCAGACCUGCUGUACCGCUUUCGAGUUCUCUCCACAGACAAUGACAAAGUUGUCAAGGCCACCUGGGGCAAGCUUGUUUGCGAAAUCUUGGGCGAGGAGUGGGAAAAUGCUCUUGAAGAAGUCGACAAGGUGAAGGAACACAUCGAGACCCGCCUGUUCAACAACCCUCGCGCUCAAUUGACAGCCCGCGAGUCUCUGGUUCACUACGCUCUCUUUCCCUUCUUCAAUUUUGAGCCUGCCCGCGACAAGCUGAUCGAAUUGUACUUUUCUCCGCCAUACAUCUCCUCUAUCCAGACAGUCUGUCCAUGGAUCCUGCGAUAUCUCGCUGCAGCUGUCAUCUCCAAUCGCGCUCGCCUCAACAACUCGCACAACUACCAGAAGCAGCUCAAGGACCUCGUGCGGGUGGUCAAGCAGGAAGUCUACGAAUAUCAGGACCCCGUCACCGAGUUUGUUAAGGCGCUACAUGUCGACUUUGACUUUGAAGAGGCGCAGAAGAAGCUCUCCGAGGCUGAGGCUGUCCUGCGAGGCGAUUUCUUCCUUGGCUCGUCAACGGAUGCAUUCGUCGACUCAGCCCGCCAUCUCAUCUCAGAGCUAUACUGCAAGAUUCACCAGAGAAUCGACAUUAAGGACCUUUCUAACAGACUCGGUAUGUCUGAUUCAGAAGGCGAGAAAUGGAUCGUAGACCUCAUUCGCGACACUCGCCUGGACGCCAAGAUCGACUACAAGGCUGGCACAGUCGUGAUGAAUCACCCUCCGCAAAGCGUGUAUCAGCAGGUGAUAGAGAAGACCAAAGGUGCCUUCUUUAGGACGCAAGUGCUCAGUGCAGCGGUAGCGAAGUGA